CGCCAAAUUAUGGCGAACGCCGAAUGCUCGUGGCGGUGGCUCUGCAGCGAGUUACGGCUUCGCCAUAUCCUCAUACUUCUGCUGAACCCUACGCCGCGAACGGAGUGUAAAUCGUUUGAAGGAAAACGCAGAUUUCAGAUCCAAGCGAAAACGCAAAAUGAUUGGAGCACUUAAUUGCGGUAUUCUGCUGCGCGGAUCAAGACUAUGCAAUUACUGGAAAGUUGCAUCAAAUGUGAAGUUCGACAUGCCAUCGAACUCUACAACAGCAAUGAUGAAUAGGCCACUAGCAAGAGAAAUGUGCAAAGUUCUGCCACAAAGGACUUCGAAAUCAUUAAAAACACAGGGCACAGAUGGUAUACCACUUAAUUACGACAUUAUCUAUACCUCACAUGAAUAUCACACUCAGGCUCAGUAUAUGUUCACAUUUAUGCCAGUUGGAGCAACAAUGGGAUGUAUUUAUGAAUUACUAUACCAAUUUGAUUUUACCUUUUCUGAUCCGAUGGGUGCAGCCUUGAACAUAUGGAUUGUAAUUGCAUUUUAUUUGAUGAAUAUCAAAUCAGCUAUUUUGGCGUACAAAGCUCCAGUGAGAAUCUAUCACGACAAAGAAACAGGAAUUUAUAAGGCUGUCUUCAAUGCCUGGAGGCCAUUUAAGAUUAGGACACUGGAGUUUAAAAAGGGAUCGGUCAUGCAACUUCUACCACCUGAUGAAUUCACUUUGUUUGCACAUAGUAGAUAUCGUAUAAACGAAGAGAAUAUCUACAUGGUAUUCGAGUUUUUUAGGUACCCUAGUGAUUUGUACAAUAUGUUUGAUGCAGUAGCAUACGAGACUGAUGAAGGAGUCAAAAACAAUAAAUAGUCAUCCUAAAGUAACUGAAUCAUACAACUCUUAUAUGAGUUUCUUGUAGUUCUGACAAACUAUUGCACAACAUACGUCUUAUAUGUAUGUAAAAGAGUAUUAACGUCAGAUUUUCAACCGAAUAAAUUUAACACCACAUUAAGUUGUGUAAUGAAAUUAUCUGCAAAUUUAAUAAAUCAGAAUUACAUUUU